AUGCAAACAGUAUCAUUCAAAAUUGUACGUACAUCAAAUGGUGAUUCAUGGGUUGAAGCACAUGAUAAAAUGUAUUCACCAAGUCAAAUUGGUGCUUUUGCAACAAAAGAUGCUGGUCAAAUAGCUGGUUUAAAUGUUCUUCGUGUUGUUAGUAAACCAACAGCAGCUGCAUUUGCCUAUGAUCUUCAAAAAACAAAUGACAAAAUUAUUGCAGUUUAUGAUCUUGGUGGUGGUACAUUUGAUAUAUUCAUACAGUUUUAG